AAAUGAACGACUUCUGAAGACGUUUAGAUGAACGAAUUAAAACAACAUCCGCGUAAAAUAAUGGAGUAUCAAACGGCCUUCUUCCUCGUAGUAUCUUGUCUUUUCCCAGUGGCCAUCUAUGCCUGCAUCAUUUCCAACCGGCGCAACUCACGGUUACCACCGGGACCUAAAGGUUUUCCGGUCAUCGGAAACCUCUUAGAAUUCGGUGACAAACCCCACCAAUCACUUGCCAUAUUAUCUAAACGUUAUGGUCCUUUAAUGUCACUGAAGCUCGGAAGCAAUACGACCAUAGUCAUUUCAUCUCCUGAUAUCACCAAAGAAUUCUUUAACACACAUGAUGUAGCCUUCUUAAACCGAUCAGCUCCUAAGGCUAUCCAACUCGGAGAUUAUCAUAAAUACUCUAUAGUUUGGAUGGAGGCGGGAGAUCAAUGGAGAAAAUUGAGAAGAAUGACCAAGGAAUAUAUGUUCUCUGUUCAACAACUAGACGCUAGUGAAUUACUACGACGGGAGAAGGUACAAGAACUUGUCAACCAUGUUAAUCGAUGUUGUAUAGAGGAAAAACCUUUGAACGUUGGGGCAUGUGCUUUCACAACGAGUCUCAACAUCCUGUCCAACUUUAUGUUUUCGAUUGAUCUUGCUGAAUAUGGUCCAAAAUCAACACAACAAUUCCAAGACUUAGUACUACAAGUGAUGCAAGUUGGUGCAAAGCCAGGUCUACCUGACCUUUUUCCUAUACUUCACUCGUUGGAUCCACUAGGGUUAAUAUGGUCGGAAAGUGUUUAUGCUAAGAAAAUGUUGGCUAUUUUCGAUAAGAUCAUCAAUGACAGGUUGAGAACUAGAUCUAAUGGCGUUUCAACCAAAAGCAAUGAUGUUUUAGACUUAAUGCUUGACCAACAAUCCAAUUUUACUCAAAAUGAUAUGAGACACUUACUUCUAACACUAUUUAUAGCGGGAACGGACACUACAUCAAGCACAUUAGAAUGGGCGAUGUCGGAACUGAUUCGUAACCCUGAGAAAAUGAAAAAAGCGAGGUUGGAGGUCGAUAAACUGAUGCAAAACAACAACAAUGGAAGCAUACAAGAAUCUGAUAUCUCUCAACUCACGUACCUACAAGCUGUGAUUAAGGAAACUCUGAGACUUCAUCCUCCAGCCCCUUUUCUUAUCCCUCGCCAAGCCAUACAUGACGUUUCUAUUCAAGGUUUCAUUGUGCCUAAAAAUGCACAAAUUCUGUGUAACGUUUGGGCUAUGGGUCGAGACCCAAAUAUAUGGUCAGACACAAAAAUGUUCAUGCCUGAGAGGUUUUUGGACGUGAAGAUUGACUAUAAAGGCCAAGAUUUUGAGCUUAUUCCAUUUGGUGCAGGAAGGAGAAUGUGUCCGGGAUUGAAUCUUGCUAAUAGAAUGCUACACAUAAUAUUGGCAUCAUUAAUUCAUAAGUUUGAUUGGAAGGUUGUGGGAAAUACGAGACCUAAAGAUAUUGAUAUGGGAGAAAAGUACGGGAUCACAUUGCAAAAGGAUGAACCACUCAUGGUUAUCCCUAUGAAGUUGUGACUGUAGUUGUGUUCUAGAAUGAAAGUUGAAAAACAUGUGUUGCUAUACGUACUUUGAUUUUGUUUGAAAUCUUGUACUAAUUUCUUUUAUUUUGUUUAGAAAUUAUUUUAUGUUCUUUUGUUGUUAUUUGGAAAGAGAACUUCCAUAACUAAGGUUUCGG